CGGCGCGUCGCGUCGACCACUUUAUGACUAUGAUUCUCGAGGGCUACCCAAUGCCUGUGCCCAAGGAAGGAGAGGAGGAGACCUUCGAGAUCAAGAAGCGACAUUGGGAAGCCCCACUCGUUGGCGUCGUUAACUACUUGACGGCUAUCAUGAACGCAUCGAUUGCUGGCACGGAAGAUGCUGUGAUCGUAGGGAACGUUACGGCGAAGCAUCGACAGAUAUUGCCAGUGGACGUCGUCGCACGAGAUAUCAUGAAGCUUUUACCCACGGGAGAAGAGGCUAACCAGCGGAAAUCCAUCGUAGUCAAACUGGUAAACGUACUUUGGCAAGUUUGCAGCCUCGCAGAGUAAGAC